ACGUUGAAACGGACAGGGUGGGUGAAGCGGGGAGUGCAGGGCCCAGAGUCGAUCGGCGACCACAUGCACCGCAUGGCGCUCAUGGCGUUCGUGUUGUCUGGUGUUGAAAGAAUCGACAGGGAGAGAUGCAUCAAAAUGGCAAUUGUGCAUGAUGUGGCAGAAGCAAUAGCGGGUGACAUCACACCGUCAUGCGGAGUGGGCAAGGAGGAGAAGCACCAAAUGGAGAGGGAUGCUCUUGAGAAGAUGUGUGCCGCACUGGGCCCCAACCGCAAGGCGGCAGCCGAGAUGCUCGCUCUCUGGGAGGAGUAUGAAGCCAACGAGACAAACGAAGCCCGACUGGUGAAGGAUUUUGAUAAGAUGAUUUUGCAGAGUAGGGAAGGACUCGAACCGCAGCAAGCCGUGUAA